AUGUCCACAUCGAUUGACGAUCUUCGAGCUCAGAUUAAAAAAGCGGAAGAACUGAAGACAAAAUUGAUGGAAGAGCGAAGAAACGAGUUACAACAGAGCCUCAAGACCCUCAAAGAGUAUCUGAAGUUGUUAACUCAAGCAGAAAAAGUCUACGAAUUCGAUGAGGAAAAGAAAAUUUGGUUGGCAGAUAUCAAAGCGGAUGUCCAUUCGAAGCUCGAGAAGAGGUUGGUUACCCAACAAGAGCUUGUGGAAUGGUUUACAACUGCCAGAUAGUAAGUUUUUCUCUUGUCUUUAUCUGUUUUUAGCCAUGAAGAACACCCUUACACAGUGAAAGUAGACGGCUGUAGCAUUUGCUUGACCUCCACUCCCACCGAACCCAAGAUUUGUAUGUACUGUUUGAGUGUGAUUGGAUGUAAGGAAUGCGUCGACCAAUGGAAUGAGCACAAGAAAAGCAACGAUUAUCUCCCAUCUUGUCCCAAAUGUCGGAAUUAUUGGGCCCUAGAGCCGGCCGUCCUGGAUUACUGA